AUGCACGAAUAAUAUGAAUUGUAUUACACCACAUUUAAUCAGGAAAGGGACAGGGUUAGAAAAUUUUACAGCAGCUUGAAAUCGGAGGAAUCUAAUAGAUUGUUAAAGAGUUAAUCUCUUAACGAAUCAUUGAAGAAGGCGGAGGGAUUCAAGAAUGAGAAGAAGUAGUAGAUCAAACAGAAAGCACACAAAUUUAAUAUUAAAGCUAAAAUCAUAUAGAGGAAGAAUAAUUAGAUGCAGGAGCAUCAAUUUUUGGGGAUAAUUAAAUAGAAAAACGAGUUGGUAAAGAAAGAGAUUGAGCUAGAACAUCGUUUGAAUAUCUUGAAUGCCGAAUAAACUGAGUAGAUCAGAUAAAAUCAAAUCUACAAAUCUAUGAAACAAAAAAUCUAUUUGGAGAGAGUGGAACAACAUUAAUUGAAAGUAGAAUAGGAACAUCAGUAAUUGUUGGAAUAGAUGAAUAACAAAUUUUAGAAGGUCGAACAAUAUAUUCAAAUAACAAGAGAGUCUGAGAAAUAAAAGUUCAGAAGUCUUAGUUACAAGUAUUUGAAUUACAAGCAGAAAGCAGAGAAUCUAAUAUAGGAGAAAACCGAAAAUACUUUUCAAGAAGCCUUGGAUAACAUGUCCAAGAGAGAAUAAGUUUACGAAAAGUAUAUUGAGACCAAGGAAAAAGAGAGGAUGAAGAUAGUGAGAAGAAACAAAUUGGAGUUAGUUAAAUUUAAGCGAAACAAGAAAAGACAAGAGUCUAUUGAAAAAUCUUAGAAAAAGUUAUAAGAACAAGAAAGACAAAAAAGAAUACUCAAUAAAUCUACAUCCAUUCCAAAAAUUAUUAUCACUGAGCAUGAUGAUCAAGCUAAUAAUGAUGUUGAGGUUGAGGUUUAUGAAGUACCUUACUCUGAGGAAUAAACCCAAACUUAUGAAGAAAAGAUUAUUACUUCGAAAAGGAAUCUGAAAGAGGAAUAAUCGAUUUGCACUAAUAUCAAUGAAUCAUCUAUGCAGGUUACGUUGCCUGAACCGAAAAUUAUUGACUCUCCUAACUACAAAAAACCAAGAAGAAAAUCAGAAAAAGAAAGACAAUAUCAAGUUUUGAUGAAAUUAAGAUUGAAUCUUAAACAAGAAAGAGAGAAAUUGGAUAGAGAAUUGAACUCAUUCUUUAUCAGUUAGCCAAUCCAUACAAAUUGA